AUGGCGGGCGCGCGUGCGCGGUCAAAGGCGGACGCGGGGUCUAAAUCGAAGACAAAGUCGAAGAGCGCGGACGCGGAGAAAACCAAGCGCGGCGCGCGAUCGGGCGAGAGGGGCGCCUCGGCGAGAGACGCGCCGUCGGUGACGGAGGAGAAUCGAUUGAGAAGAGACACGGCGUUUUUGUGUCACGUGCAGUUCAAGAAUGACCUGCCACCGGUGCCGGUCGAUUGGAAGAUGCUCGCGACUAGGGUGGAUCGCGGAGCGUUGGCGGAGUACUCGCCGUUGUCGCUGUACGACGGGAUGCGGCGAAGAGGCGAUUUUAGUGAAGAUUUAGGGAUUCCGAUUGAUCCGGCGCUGAUGCGAGCGUAUCGAGUGCCGACGGAGCGAGGGGUGCUGGAUCCGGAAGAUCACGAGUUGUUAUUGAACGCGGCGGAGCGGGAGACGAAGAGAAACACGGCGAACGGGGCGAGCGGCCGAGCCGCGAGCAGGCCGGACGCCUCGGACGCGCUGUGGUUGAUGAACACGCAGUAUAUCUCUGCCGGGAAGAUCAAGGCUCGCACGGGGCUGAGCGAGAAGGAAAUGAAGCGGAGAAAGCUCGCGGCAAGCGGCGCGGAAGGCAUGCCAGAGGAUGAGCUCUCGUUCGAAGAGCAAGUGGACGCCACGUUCGAGGCGGCGAAGAAGCCGCCGGUGCACCCGACGAUGAAUGAUAUGGAGGUGGUAGAAAUCCUUCCGGUGUUUCCGGAUUUCGAGCGUAUGGCUCUGGAGUACGUGCGUUUGAACUUCGACGAGAACCAGGCAAAGGACGUUCCGUCGCUCACGGGCAAGUCAACCGAGAUCGUCGAGAGUGCGCUCAUCAACGGUGUUGUGAAACCUUUUGCGAUCGAGAACGAUUACGGAGAGACGGAAAGAUUCUUGUCGCUCAUGCUUCCACAAGAUCCGGAGGCGGCGGCGGCGCCAAACUUCCUCGAGGUCGACGGCGAACCCCGAGCGUACGACCACAUCCGAGAUUACGUGUACAAGCUUCAACGCGACGAUCCGGCUCAGGGCGGGGGUAACGUGUGCUUCUUCUUCAAGAAGGACAAGGUCACGUUUGUCGAUCUCCAAACCAAGCUCACCCUGAGUAAAAGGAGCAAGCACUCCAAGGGAAAAGACGCGUUGGAUUGGAAGCCGUCCAGGGUGACGCUCAAGAGACGCAGCAUGACGGAGGAAGAGCGCGCCUCGCUCGAGGAGAAGCGCGCCAAGCUUCGGGCGACGUAA